AAUGGUAUAAAUAACCAGGUUCUGGCUGCCAGCAUCGUUAGUUCAAUUAAAGCCAGUGGUGUGCGAACAGUUUCAAGUCGAGUUACACAUAAAACCUAAAUAUAUCCUAAACAACAUGAAAUUCACUCUGCUGCUGCUCAUCGCCAGUUUGGCCUGCAUCCUGGCCGCACCUGCUCCCGCUGCCGAGGAGCAGCAGGAGUCCUCCGUGAAGGCAAAGCGCGGCAUAUCAUUGGGGCUCGGCUACCAUGCCCCCUUGGUCACCCACUCGCACUACAUUGCCGCACCCACGCUGGUGCACCAUGCCCCAAUCAUAUCGCAUGCCCCGCUCAUCGCCCAUGCCCCGCUGAUUGCCCACCAUCCGGUGUCUUCGGUCUCCUAUCACCUGCCCACCUACCACUCCAUCCACCACUUCUAAUUAGGCACGCGCACGCGGGCCGGCGGAUCAAUUAGACACCUUUGUAGUGCAGCAGCAUUCCCGAGACAUUCGCACGUGCAUCAGAUUUCCUGCCCAAACAAUUCCCGAUUGCUUUGUAAAUAAAC